AUGACCGUUCCCGAGCUAGGCGACGCCUCGUCCACUCAACCAGCGGGCCAGUCCUCGCCGCCGCUCACUACUCGUGCGGACACCCACACCGACGCCGACGCCGAAGCAAGCCCCACCCGCAAUGCCGGCACCGACCACACUCCCACCCAGCUCGCGCGGUGGCUCGACUACAGCGCCUUCCCCGACAUCGUUGACAACAUCAUGGCCUCCUGCACCGAUCACAAGACGCUGCUCAACAUCCGCGCAUGCAGUCGCCGCAUGCGUGCCAUUGCGGACGGUGUUCUUCUCCAGCACGUCUUUAUCGAGCACCUCUGGGUGGGGGAAGAUGCCGAGAUCACUAGUUUCAAGUCUCUCGACAUGUUCGGUCGUCGUAUCGCCUCGAUGCCCCAAUAUUAUCGCGGCGACUUCAGCGCUCUCGAGGGUUAUGAUGAGGUGUCGAACGAGGCGACGAAGAGAAUGAAUGAACGCACUCGAAAAGUCCGUGUUCUCGACCACACUGUUGUCGCCGACAGCAAUUGGGGCGAGCAUCCGCUCUACAGCUUCACCCCGGACCUGGUCCGCCUCUACGUGAAGCCCGAUUCCGAUCUUCAUCGGACCUCCCGCGACUAUGAAUCCGACUUUCCGUGGUGUUUGGUCACCGCCCCGUCCAUUGUCCGCAUCGCCUACAACAGCGGCCGAGUGUUCGAAGUUCCCAAGUGCUCAGGAAAGAUCGUCCUCCACUUCAACAGCAAAACCUGGGACGCACACAGUAUUCCCACAGAUGACCUUCCCUACUACUUCUGGGGUACCGAGACGAUUCUCGUGGUGGUACUGUCCGAUGCCGCAAAAUCCGCCGAUGACUCGGAGCAACAAAUCGAACUGGACGGCUGGAUUUGCCUCAUCCAAUAUCUCCACUGCCUUUUCAAGUCUGCACGGAACGCCAAGUUUCUUGCCUCCAGUAUCGUCUGUGUCGACUUUGAGGCCGCCCUUCAGCGCAAAUACACCCAGUUUCCUCCCGCCGGCGCCACCGCAGCUUCUGGGCAAGCGCCUCCUCUCCUGGAGCUCCUGAGCCCGUCGGCCUGGCCUAACUCGGGCUCAGAAGUCGCCAAUGAGUGCACGCCCGAGGAGCUCGAGUUCGAGCUCCCUUCGGCCCUCUCAUACCUCAAGAGCCUAGUCCAGGAAGGUAUACUCGCGUGCCCUUUGCUGGAAGCCUACAAGGCGACGCUCACCGACGAGCAGAUCCGCCUGGAGCUGCAGCCGUCGCGUAUGAUGCUCAAGCAGCUUGAGGAGGCCUAG